UGGCUGGUGUUUAGUCUUUCUAUUUGGUGAUAAUACAGCUCAAAAUGUUAUUAAUUCAAAAUGCUUCUCGCUCUCCAUCACAGUUGUAGUUCUGUUAAUAAGUCAUUAAUAAAGAUUUGACUCCAUCAAGUCUGCAGUUUUAAAGGUUAAUAAUUGUCUAUACGGAUUUGCAUGUGCAUUUCCUGUUGUCAUGAAGACGGUCCUGCUUUCACUUUCACUUUAGUUAGGCCAACAGUAUUUUUGUGCAGUUGGAUCAACCGAGAAGAAAUCGAUCAUUUUUAUGCGCCUAUUACGUCAUCAAAGGUGUUGAUAUUUCUUAGUCAGGGACUCGGGGUCACACUGCUCGAAGGAGGUGAUUUCCCACAGCCUACAUUUAUGUCGUGCGUCAUACUUUCUGCGUGGUCAUUUCAAUUCCUCUUUAGUUUGUUCCUCUGCUGUCAGAUUUCGACAUUAUAGCCUACGGUGUGUAGGACUUAAUUGCUAGUUAACGUCUGCAGCGAUCGCGCUACCUCAAACAAAGUCCAUGGCUCUUCCAGACCAUUGUCAGCUUCAGGUGAUUAAUGAAAUAUCAGAGGCUCUCUGCAGUGGUGAACGCAGGAUUCUCCUCUACCUGUGUGAAAUCCUGGACACAGACAACAGUGUGGGUUGUCUAAAAGCGACGCUGGAAUCUAAAGCGAUGUGCUACGAGAGGUGGGACCUGUUCCUGGCAGAGCUGAUAUUGGCGUUGAGACGUUAUGAUAUCCUAAAGAAAGUGUGGAAAACCAGCAGGGAGCAGUUUGAGAGAACUCUGAAAGUCGGGCCGGUUCUGCCAAAAUUCAGAGUGUUGAUGGUUAAUAUAGGUGAGGAAAUGGCCAAUGACGAUCUGGACAGUCUGAAAUUCUUGUUAAGCAAAAUAUUACUCCGUGAGAAGAUGGAAAAGGCACAGAAUUUCCUGGAUGUGAUCAUAGAACUUGAGAAGCUGGAUAAAGUUUCACCUGAAAGAGUUGACAUUCUAGAGAAAAAAUUGCGAGACAUUGGCAGGGUCGACCUAGCCAAAAAAGUGACUGCUUACAAGAUGUCAGAACUUUUCACAGUUACAUCUGAACUACAUAUAUCUCAACAGCAGAGGUGCAGAGCUCCUCAUCUGCUGAGCCCUUCAAAUAGUUCCCACCCUCUACUGCAAACAAGACGAGGACAGUCCUUCCACAGUGAAAACAUACCAGCACCUGUUUACAGAGAGCAGACUUAUCAGAGUCCGUUAGAUUGCUACAAAUUUAACAGUAAUCCCAGAGGAGUUUGUUUAAUCAUUGACUGCGUGGGUAAUGAUGGAGUCAUGUUGGAAGACACAUUUAAGGCUCUUCAAUUCAACGUGGUCGUCCACAAUUGGCUAAGUGGGGGUGACAUUUAUUCUACCCUCGCAAAGAUGUCCACACAGAGAGAGAACCUUGAAGGUGACGGCUUUGUCUGUUGCAUCAUGAGCCGUGGCACAUCAGAUUAUCUCCUGGGUACAGACUCGAACAGCACAGGUCUACGCCUGGAUAAUGUCAGACGUCUUUUCACUGCCGAUGCAUGCCCCAUGCUGGCUGGCAAGCCCAAACUCUUCUUCAUCCAGAGGUACAGCAUCCCCGAGUUCCAGCCCCAUGCCACAACGUACCACCAGGAUGAAGAUCUGGAGAUAGAUGGGUGCGAUGGGCUGGCCAGAUGUGAUAUCAUCCCUACAGAUGCAGAUGUGUUCUGGAGUCACUGCUGGACAGAUGCACGUCAACUGGAGCAAGGACUCCAUUGCUCCAUUUACCUGAAGGCUCUGACAGACGCCUUAUGCAAAGGCCAAAGAAGGAAAACACAUCUUGUUGACAUUCAUACCGAGGUGAAUGGAGCCCUCUUUGAACAUAACAAGAGGAAUCCUGGAGCAAGCUACCACAUUGAUUUGAAACAUACCCUACGGAAAGAUGUUUACUUACAAUAGAGGAUUCAUCACCAUGACUUUCACUAAACCUUCAGCACUGUCAGCUACAAAUUAAUAUAAUAAUUUACGUGCCAGAGAAGAACCUUUUUUUUACUGUGUUAAUACAGUGACACCUAUUGGUUGUAUUAACACGAAACACUUAAACUUAUUAUUAUUAUUAUUAUUAUUAUUAUUUUUUUUUUUUUUUUUACAGAUAAAGUAAAAUAUAACUUAUGGUUUUAAUGUGCCUUUAUUUAUUUUUUGAAGUUUUUGUACAUAUAUUUCAAUAGAUUUAUAACAGGCAAAAUAACAACAACACACCCAAUCAGAGCCUCGUAAUAGAAACAAAUGUAAAUUCAUAAAAAGCAGAAACAAAAAACAUGUAUAAAGCCUGAUAAAGAGUUUUUGUUUUACAUGUAGUCAUAUGUAACUUGUAUUUAAAUUAAUAUGAAUAGCAAUUUUCUUGCCCAAUACAGUGCAGCUAAAACCGGUAGUACCCGUGUAAAGAUGUGAAAAUAAUUUGUUAUGAAGUAAACACUAUAUAGAGAUAGAGAUAGUACAAAUUAAUUCUUUCUCUCUCUGUAUAUCUCUCUCUCUCUCUCUCUCUGUAUAUCUGUGUUAUUGGAUAUUUUCAUCACAUUCUGAAACGUGUUUUAGAAAAGUAAUAAAAGUCACUAUCAUUAGCAUUAUCAUAUAACUCUUCGUUUCCAAUAAAUAACAAAUACUAUA